AUGCCCUCCUACCAUCUCAUUGAACCUCUGUGGCACGCGCACUGCCGCGAGAUCUUUCGCGCGCGCGACCGGCACGAAGACAUCCGGACGGUCCCUCUUCCUCACAUCUUUCAGCUGUUCGAAACCGCCUGCCGGGAGAAUUUCUGGGGCAGCAAAGUCUGGGUGACCUUCGUCGGGCGCUCAGUCGGCGUGACUGACAAGUACGGUACGGCGUUCGAAGCCGUCGUCGGUUACUCUGGACAGCACCAACUCAAGGCUCGGACCAUCCAACAGGCGCACACCCUCUGGUACCACUGGAUCGGUCACAUCGCCGACGUCCACGAGGAGCACCCUACACUCUCUACGGCGGAAGUCCUCAAGGUCGCCAGAUUGCGCCUGCCGCUGCGCGAUGCUGUCAAGGAUAUCGUUCCCAUCCUUCCUGAGCUUCCGGGAAUCGAAGUCGUCGUCGACGAGGACACUGACAGUACGGCGAGUACUAUCAGUUUCAUGGCCCCGUUGCCCCCGGCGCAAGAGCCUCGCGCGACUUAG